AUGCCAAGACAUACAUUGCAUUCCCUACAUCGAUCAUUCGGAAGACGAGAACAUUUAGCAUUCUCUAGUGAGACGAGUUGGGAUAGAUUAGAUAGAGUUCAGGUAUUAGGAGAAGAUGGAUAUGGUCAUACUGGUUGUGUUAACGCUUUAUCAUGGUCUGAUGAUGGAUCUACUUUACUAUCAGGAUCAGAUGACAAAAAGAUAUGUAUCUGGAAAGCUGACCCUUCACCUACUUCCGGUACCGCCACUUCACCUCAUCCACUCCGAUUAACAGAAACCAUCACCACAGGUCAUUGGGCCAAUAUCUUCUCAGCUCGAUUAUUACCAAAUACAAAUACACCAACUAUAGUGUCUUGUGCUGGAGAUAGAGAUGUUAGAGUGUUUGAAGUUGAACGUUUGGGAAGGGCGGAGGAUCAUAGAGGUCAAAGAGCAUUAUGGGGUGUGGAUGGUCCUGGCGUCCGUAUCCUAAAAUGCCAUCGAGAUCGUACCAAAAGAAUAGCCACAGAAAACUCUCCUCACUUAUUCAUGACAGUUUCAGAAGAUGGCACCGUAAGACAACAUGAUCUUCGAAUCCCUCAUCGAUGUAAAGAUGAAUGUCCAGAUCCUUUAUUUCGAGCUCCUGGAGAGGUGGAUUUGUAUAGUUUGAGUGUUAGUUUACCUGCACCUUAUAUGUUUGCAGUAGCAGGUAGGACUGAUUGUGCAUUCAUCUGCGAUCGUCGUAUGACAGAACGUCAACAUCCUUCUUGGGGUUCACAUAUCAAAUCUUCCGGUCAAGUUCAUUGUGUUAGACGACUUGGAUUGUCAGAGGAUCAAUGGAAUGAAGUUGGACCGGAGGACGGUAUGCGAUAUAAUGAAGAAAGACAUAUAACAUGUGUAAAGAUGAGUCCUGAUAAAGCUGACGAGGUCAUCGUAGCUUUUGCAAGACACUCUACAGCUUUAUUCUCGAUAUAUGAUUCCCCAGAAUCUCCCAACAUCCACUCUCAUUCACCCACCUCUAUCGUUCCACCAAUUACGUCAUCUUCUAAAGCUUCAAAAUCUCCGCGAGUCUCCAAUGGAAAUAGACGAUCACUUGAGGAGGAUCCCAAUGACCAAAGUACUUCCACAGGAAAGAGACGACAUUCCGUCUUAUCCACAACCGACGAGGUUGAGGCACAAAGAGUUAGGGGUCAGCCUCUCCAGGAUGAGUCACUCGCUAGUCCAUCAAACAGGAAUCUAUUAGUCAAUCAGGUCAAAGAUGAAGCUAUGGAAUAUAUGCGUGAUGAGCCGUUAUGGGAUGAAGAUAUCCUACCGGCUCACCUAAGAGGAGAAGCGCCUUGGCCGGAUGAUCCCGUUCCAGAAAACGUUGUUUCACCUCCUCAUUUAUUAGGUUUAAAUGAUCCAUACACUUACAUCGACCCAGAUGACGAUAUGGCCGUCGAGUUGGACGCGAUGGGUUAUUCAGAUUCUGAAGAGAAUCAUAUCGAUUGGGACGAAGAAGAAGAUUAUGAUGAAGAUGAAGAAAUUGAUGAAGAUUAUUAUGAAGAAAUGUUAGUUGAAAGAAAUAAUAUCGUUAGAUCUGGUAAAGAAGAAUUUAGAGAAGUUGAAAUGAUACUUCCUAAAAGGUGUUUCAAAGGAGCGAGAAAUAUGGAGACUGUUAAAGAUUGUAACUUUUUAGGAAACAUUUCGAAUAAAGUUUGUACAGGUAGCGAUGAUGGUAAUUUCUUUGUAUGGGAUAAAGAUACUGGUAGAUUGGUAGGUAUUUGGGAAGGUGAUGGAAGUGUUGUCAAUGGUAUUGGGAUUGACGAUACUGUCAAGAUGUUCGCUCCUACCCCACUCCGACCCCUCCCUUCAUUCGUCCGUACACAUAUGAAAGAAACUAUCAUCCGAUCAAAUCUCAAUCAAGGUGUACGAUAUCGGACUUCUUUCGGAAGAGCUUCACUCUUACAAAUGUUGACUGCUAGAGGUAUGGUAAGAGUUGGACCUGAUCAAGAUGAAGAUUUGGAUGUGGAGGAUGAAGAAAGGGAGAGAAGACAAGUAGUUUUUAGGGAUUGUACUACUCAAUAG